AUGAAGCCAAGAAUCUUCUACAUGCCUCAGUCCGCAUACACAGCUCUUCGAAAGGAAUGUACCAAAGAGUUUGGUGCGGCCGAAAUCUCCGGAAACGAUCUCAUCUGCGCCUUGAUUUUCCGGAGCCUUAUAAGAGCUUCAACGAGCUUAAAUGUCCGGGAAUCUAACGGAAUCGCACCGAAAGUGGCCUCAUUAUCUUUGCCCUUUGACGGACGGCCGAAGCUCUUGCAGUCGAUGAACACUCUUUAUCUUGGGAAUAUGAACUUCGAGAACAGGCUUACCGUCCCUGUUGAAAUCCUCAUUGCCUCAACCACGAGCAUCCCAUGGGUUGCCAAGGCUAUCAAUGCGCAUGCCGAGAGCUCUGCCCACCCAAGUGCGCUUCUGGCUGCCUAUGACCUGGCGCGGUCUACUACGGAAUAUGACAAUCAUAAUGGAUUGCGCGCAGCGCGAAUGUCACCAGCAUCUGCCUCUGUUGGGGUGAUGUCGCCAAUGACACUUCCUUUCAAUGAUACCUGUUUUGGGAAACAGGUAUUUGGAAACAAUGGAAACCCGGAAGGGUUCCGACCGCUCAUGGGUUCUUGCAAUCGCGGCUACCGUACUUGCUUUGUCAUUCCUCGCAAGAAGGCCGGUGGUAUUGAGUUCGUUAUGACUUUGUACGAGGAGAAGAUGGACUUCUUGAGCGCGGACGACGAAUUUAGUCGCUAUGCUUUCUCUUUUUCGUAG